GAAUUUGUCUCAGGUCUUAUCUUGUUCUCCUCAAUUUCUUAAAAAAUCACUGCAGGCAUAUAUUAAUUAAAACAUGGCUGAUGCUCAGAUAAUUGGAUCGUCGCUGACAUUUGCAUUAAUUGCUUUGCAUCUUGUCUUUAUCUUUUCAUGCUGUUCGAUUCGACAGACCCGCCGGGCCCCCCCAGCCGCGGGCUACAACGCUACGUUGCAGCCGUCGUUGAUGCUGUGCAGCAGUAUGUCACCGCCUCUCCUGGUAGGACGGUUAUUUUUGGACUCUUCUAUACGUCAAUUCCGAGUCUCAUUGUCGUGCUGAGCACCCUUAAGUAACUUGUGAG